AUGACUAGCAUACCUUUCACGGCGGGGACGACCAAGAAAGGCAGUGCAAGCGUCACGAGUGGGCCGGCGGCACCGCAGUAUCGUACAAAUAAUCUGGAAAGAAAUGGAUUUCGCUUUCGCAUUGCAAGCGAUCCAUUACCGCAGCACAUAGCGGCUCAUAUCGAGCAGGUGAGAACUAGGGACUCCUAUCCCGCGCCAAGUGUGGAAGCAUUAGGUCGUAUUAUCGAUUCAAUUAACGCACUUGAGCGCUGGACUGCCAAUCCGGAGGAAGUAGGAGAGAACGCCCUCAAAAGCCAUAUCCUGGAAAAGAUUUUCCCUGAACUAAGCAUGUCCCGUCAUCGAUGUGUGAAACUCCAGAGAAAUGCACAGAUGUCCGAUCUUCUCGUUCCCGAUGAUAAGUCAAAUAAACUACAAAUAGUACAGCCAAGACCGGAUGCAAUAUACGGGUAUUCUAGCAGCAUCACUAGGGAAGCGUUCACUCGGGGCCAGGAAGCAGCUCACGCAAACAUAUACGACAGUUCGUUGAAAGGCGAGGGGUUCCAGUUCCUCGCCGCCACAAAUUGUGGACUGCGACUACCAUUCCUACUCGUCGAGUGCAAGACCAGCUGGGGUUUGCAACAACUUCAUGUUGCCUUGAAUCAGUGCGCCGGAGGCCUGGGAGCAUCGCUCAAUGCUGUUGCCAGGCUGAAUGAUGCGCUUCGAUCAAUGGACGCAGAACCAGUUAUAAGCGAUUUUGUGUACGGCAUUACAAUUAACAACACUGAAGCGAUUCUCUACGUGUCGUGGAAAGAAAACGCUGUAAUAUAUGUCAUACAAACAGUACAAAAAUUCGACAUGCAUAGUGCUUCAGCGGUCAUGGAUUUUCGAAAGCAAGUAUCCAAUAUCCUUGACUGGGCACAUGAUGAUCGUUUGUCGCAGAUCAGGGUGGCUCUGGACACUCUCAUCAGAGGAAACGAUAAUGAGGUACACAUAACAUCUCCGAAAAGAAAAAGCGCGAUUGGCCACGACAAGAAAUGCAAGCCGUCAGGCGAAAACAGCGCAGGCGUACACAAAGAAAAGAAAUUCAAGAAAAGGAGAGGAAAGACAAGGCAAGAUUGA